UCCGCGCUGACUUCUGGCAAGGUGGUGGCCCCCGCUGUCCCACCCAAAAUCAGUGAAAGCAUCCGUUGUUCAGCUGAGAUCUGUCAUUUUCGGACUCAUGAAGCCGGGGAGCACUAUGCUUUAAGUUUAGACAUUUGGCUGGGGACUCAUUAGAAGCAGAAAAGACAGCAUGGGAGCGAUGAACAGGAGAGGAAGUAAGUCAGAGGAGUUUUGAACUGAAGCAAAGUGGAGUGAGUGGUUUGUGGAAAAGAAACAUGGAACAACUGACUGAAGCAGAAUUGCCCAAGUGCUGCAGCAUCAUUCCCAGUUUCCCCUAAAGGUGGAAUUUUGCACCACUGUGAUAAAAGGGAUGAAUGAGGGCCGAUCUGCUCUGCUCAGAAGGUGCCGCCUUGGUGUUCCUUCUCUCAGAGCUGCUCCUUCUGAAGAUGCUGGAGGUGUGACUGCUCAGGCUGAAAAUGAUGCAGCCUUCCCAUUGUCUGAGCUCUCAAACCUGUUUGAGAACGAGGAUGCCUCCUCAGCUCAGGACACGAGUCUUGAUACAACUCUGGAGCAGGUUCAGCCCAGCGUUCAGCCCGGCCAGCCCCCAGACAGCAGACAGAACCUGAGAAUGAAGUUUCAAGGUGCCUUCAAGAAGGGUAUUUCCAACCCAAUGGACCUGCUGGAAACCACUAAAUAUGACUCAAAUGUGGUACCAGGACCUAAAAAAGCACCCAUGGACUCCCUCUUUGACUAUGGCACCUAUGGAAGUACAAGCAACCAGAAGAAACGCAGGAAGAAACUCCCAAGAGGUAAAACUGAGACAUCUUGUGAUGACAGUCAAAGCACCGACCCACCAAAGGUGCUGAAAAUAUUCACUCGCGUCAUACUGUUUGACUGUGUGUCUCGUGGAGACCUCCAGGCCCUCGAGGGGUUGCUGGAGUACCUGCAAAGUCAAGAGAAGAGGUUAACAGAUGAGGAGUUCAGAGAGCUCUCUACGGGAAAGACGUGUCUGCCUAAAGCCCUUCUCAACCUUUACAGUGGUCGAAACGACACCAUCCCAGUGCUAGUGGAUAUUGCAGAGAAGACCGGAAACCUCAGAGAGUUUAUAAACACACCCUUCAGGGAUGUCUUCUACAGAGGCCAGACGGCGCUCCACAUCGCCAUCGAGCGACGCUGUAAGCAAUAUGUGAAGCUGUUGGUGGAGAAGGGAGCAGAUGUUCACGCCCAAGCCAGGGGACGCUUCUUCCAACCCAAAGAUGAGGGAGGCUACUUCUACUUUGGUGAGCUGCCCCUCUCACUGGCUGCAUGCACCAACCAGCCUGACAUAGUGCACUACCUGACUGAGAAUCCGCACAAGAAGGCCGACUUGCGGCGCCAGGAUUCACGUGGUAACACAGUGUUGCACGCGCUCGUGCACAUCGCAGACAACACCAAGGACAACACCCGCUUCCUCACAAAGAUGUACGACCUGCUGCUGAUUAAGUGUGCCAAGCUCUUCCCAGACUGCAACCUGGAGACAAUACUCAACAACGAUGGCAUGUCACCCCUCAUGAUGGCUGCUAAACUCGGCAAAAUAGGGGUUUUCCAGCACAUCAUUCGACGUGAGAUCAAAGAUGAAGAAGUUCGUCAUCUGUCACGUAAGUUUAAGGACUGGGCUUACGGUCCAGUGUAUUCCUCCCUUUAUGACCUGUCUUCACUGGACACAUGUGGAGAAGAACCAUCUGUGCUGGAAAUUCUUGCGUACACCAGUCGCAAUGAGAACCGCCAUGAGAUGCUGGCUGUGGAGCCCAUCAAUGAGCUGCUGAGGGCCAAGUGGCAGAAGUUUGCUGCUGCCACUUUUUACAUCAGUGUGGUGUCCUACCUCAUCUGCAUGAUCAUCUUCACCUUGGUGGCAUAUUACCACCCAACACAGGAAAUGCCUCCUUACCCCUACGUGACCUCUUCCGACUAUUUUCGAAUGGCAGGAGAGAUUGUAACACUGGUAUCUGCGAUUUUCUUUUUCCUCACAAAUAUUAAAAAUGUCUUCCUGAAAAAGUGCCCUAAAGUGAAAUCUUUAGUUUUUGAUGGAUCCUUUCAGCUGCUGUUCUUCAUCUACUCUAUCCUGAUUAUAGUCACUGCUGCUCUCUACUUGUCUGGCAUUGAGGCCUAUGUUUCUGUGAUGGUUUUUGCCCUCGUUCUGGGUUGGAUGAACACGCUUUACUUUACCAGAGGCCUGAAGCUCACUGGUACUUACAGCAUCAUGAUACAGAAGAUUCUUUUUAAAGACCUUUUCAGAUUCCUGCUGGUCUACGUGCUCUUCAUGAUUGGAUAUGCCUCAGCCUUGGUGUCCCUGUUGCCAGUUUGUCCGACAGAGUGUGCUGGGGAAUGUCCCACCUACCCAAGCUGCAGGAAACCAGACACUUUCAGCACUUUCCUUCUGGACUUAUUCAAACUGACCAUUGGGAUGGGAGAUUUGGACAUGAUCAACAGUGCACGAUAUCCUGGAGUUUUUCUCAUCCUCUUAGUCACCUAUAUUAUUCUUACUUUUGUGCUGCUACUCAAUAUGUUGAUUGCCUUGAUGGGGGAGACGGUGGGACAGGUGUCCAAAGAGAGCAAGAAGAUCUGGAAGCUUCAGUGGGCAACAACUAUCUUGGACAUUGAGCGCUCAUUCCCGGUGUGUAUUCGCAAGUCUUUUCGAGCUGGGGAGAUGGUGACUGUGGGGAAGAACUUAGAUGGUUCACCAGAUCGACGGUGGUGUUUCAGGGUGGAUGAGGUAAACUGGUGUCACUGGAAUCAGAACCUGGCAAUAAUCAGUGAGGAUCCAGGCAAGACUGAGACAAGCCAAACCAAUGGGUUGCAGCAAAGUGUCAGACGCCCGAGAAGAGAUCGCUGGUCCACUGUUGUCCCACGAGCGGUUGAGUUUAGUAGAGGUCCUCGUUCAAAUGAUCUAGUGGUAGAGAUGGAGCCACUGACGCCAAGACACUGAAACCUACAGAGAAUAUAUUCAUUAUGUAAUUAGGCUCAUAGCCACCAGCAAUGAUAUUAAACUUCAGGGGAUAUUUUGGUCAACAAGUCUCCCAAUUUGCCAGAGGUUCAUAGGGCGAAUGGAGAGUAAUAUAUUUUAUUUCUAAAACAACAGAGGUGUAAUCCUGCAGACUGACACUGAAUAUACAGUUAUGUGUCAAUAAACCCGGAAAUAUUAUAAUAGUAAAUGUUUGCUGUUAGAAUAAGCUAGUUAGAUAAGCUGCAGUUUUCCGGUUAGUUCUUUUACUUGUACAGAGGAGUCGGAACCCUAAAUCCUCAAUGUUCUGCACAGCUCUGCAUGUCAGACAUGAGUGGGUCAUCACUCAGGGAAAUCAGAUCAUUUAAGCAUGUACAGUUUUAUAUUUUAUAUUCUGAAAGUAAACCGCUUUAAAGCUUUUCUAAUAACUUGAAAGCAUAAACAGAUUAUUACUGCAUUAGGACAUUUUUAUAACAUUUUUGCAGCUAUAAUCACAUUGCGGGAUAAUUGUUUUCAAGAGCGUUAUCUAGGAAAGAUAGAGAUAGCAAAUAGAAGUCCGCUUAGCUUACCUUAUAUUAAAAACGUUACCUUAGAUCUUGUUCUCUACAUGCUGCUUAGAAUGUUUUGUAGGAGAGAGGUUUCAGUAUAUAGAACCAGGAUAUAUCCAUUUUAUACAAAAUUGUUUUUGAUUUUUUCUUUUUAAUAUUAAUGAAAUGCACUCACUUGAAAUUCGCAGGGUUGAACUGGCAGCUUGGGCAGAACAGCUGUCAAUUGAGUUGAAACAAUGCACUAUGCCAAUUUCUGAUGUGUGCAUUAUUACAUGAAUACAAAGACGUCAUCCCGUACAAGAUGGGCAGGUUAUAGUUGUCAAGCAAAUAUGCAAAUCAAGACAAUAGCCCUUCGUGUUGUGGCUUGUCUUUGAAUUUGCAGUUAUUGUUCUUUUGCAGCUGCGUAUUUGCAUAAUCAACUCUUAGUCUGUACCAUUGUAUACUCCCCCCUCAAUUCGCUGCAGUGUUUUCAUUGCAGUUGGCGCUGUGCCCUAAACAUUAUUUUCCUUUUUCCUUAAUGUGCAUCAACUGCAUGCAGGGUUACAUAUGCAUCAUUUUGAUACAUGACAUUUCAUUUUACAAAAAAUCACCACUGUUGAAGUUCACAGAUCAUUGUUCACUGUGUUUACAUUUCUAUAACAUGUCAAUAUGCUUGUGUAUCAUUUUGUCUUUGCUGCACAGAACAGUAAACACUAAUGGAUUUUGUAAACCAUGAA